ACGUUCAAGAAGGCAGUGCAUUGCUCAACUUGGAUUAUCAAGUCAAUGCUUGGCAUUCGUGGCAAUAAAAAUUCGGAUGGCAUCAUUGGUUACUCAAUCGGUGCACGGCGGCUGUCAAAUGUUUGGCUCUUGACAGUGCGAGUGGGUAAACAAAUUGUGGGUGCAGCGUACGUGAUCGGGCUUAAAAAGCGUGUUGUUGAGAGAAACAAGGAUUUAAAUCAAGGAAAACUCUCAACUACGACAAAUUUAAGCCAACCGCGAUGUCUUCCGGGCAUCGCAUCAUGACAUUUCGCCCCACAUUGGAAGAAUUCAAAGAUUUCGCCUCGUACAUUGAGUACAUGGAGUCCUUGGGGGCGCAUAAGGCGGGACUUGCUAAAAUCAUACCCCCAGCGGAAUGGGUGCCAAGAAAAAGUGGAUACGAUAUGGACGACAUAAACAUGGUAAUUCCCACACCAAUUUGCCAAAUUGUGUCCGGCAAGCAAGGCGAGUAUCAGCAGAUAAACGUUCAGAAGCGACCGAUGACCCUUCGUCAGUUUCGGGACUUGGCCAACUCGGAGCGGUAUCGGACGCCCAAGCAUUUCGAUUACGAGGAUUUAGAGCGAAAAUAUUGGAAAAAUAUUACUUAUAUAGCUCCCAUCUAUGCAGCAGAUAUCAGCGGGUCCCUAACAGACCCAGAGCUAAAGGAGUGGAACAUAAAUUAUCUGGGGACAAUCCUAGACUAUGUAAGUGAGGACUACGGCAUCAAAAUCGAUGGCGUGAACACAGCGUAUUUGUAUUUCGGGAUGUGGAAGACAACGUUCGCUUGGCACACUGAAGACAUGGAUCUCUACUCAAUAAACUAUCUUCACUUUGGCGCGCCAAAAACUUGGUACGCUAUUCCCCCUGAAUUUGGGAGGAAACUUGAAAGAUUGGCAAAUCGGUUGUUCAGCGAUAAUUUCCAAAUUUGCCCAGCGCACCUGCGCCAUAAAAUGACUUUGAUAAGUCCCCAAGUUCUCAAGCAAAACAAUAUUCCGUUCAAUAAGAUAAUACAGGAGCCCGGCGAGUUUAUGGUAACGUUUCCUUUCGGAUAUCAUGCGGGAUUCAAUCACGGUUUCAAUGCGGCUGAGUCGACGAAUUUUGCUUCGAAACGGUGGAUUGAAUAUGGCAAAAAAGCGUCGCAGUGUCGAUGUCGGCGGGAUAUGGUUAAAAUUUCAAUGGAAACAUUUGUUAGACGCUUUCAGCCGGAGAGGCUUGAGGACUGGUUGGCUGGAAAGGAUUCUGCACUUCAUCCUGAGGAGCCAGCGUCGGGAGGUCACGCUAAUUCGAAAAACGAACCUGCACCAUCAAGCAAAACUAACAUGAAAAAAUCAGACACCGAUCAAAAUCAUAAAAAUAGGAUCUCAGCUGCAGCAAUGAUAAAAGUGAAGCGGAAGUGGCAGACAAUCGAACCAGGUGGUUUAGUAAACAAUUUCCUCAAAGAUGGUAUUUUGAAGAAUACGAAGCGCAUGCGUUUCGAAAUCAAGUCGCUCAUUCUCAAGGAGGAUGACUAGUUUAUAAUGAUUUUAACAGACGGAUUAAUAUGAAGACUGUUUUACUGUAAGUAAGUAGAAAAGAAUUAAGAAAGAGAUUCAGGUAAAAACGUUGUGUUCUCUUCAUGUAAUUUUACCAAACUAAUUUACAUGAAUGUGUAUGUGUGUGUAGUUAUAAUUUAAAUGUGUGAAUAAAGAUGUUUUAGUUACUUAGAGA